CUUCAGCCUGGAGCGGGCGCGGCGGGCGGCGCCUCCUCCUCCGGAGCCGCCGCCGCCUCCUCCACCUCCUCCUCCUCCUCCGCGGCGGCGGCGGAUCGAAGAGCUGUCCCGGUCGUCGCGGGCGAGGCUGCUGCAGUCCCGGGAUAAGAUGUUCUCCAAGUUCACGUCCAUCCUGCAGCACGCCGUGGAGGCGCUGGCACCUUCUCUUCCUUUGCAAGAAGACUUUGUAUAUCACUGGAAAGCAAUUACCCACUACUACAUAGAGACAUCAGAUGAUAAAGCUCCUGUGACAGAUACAAACAUUCCUUCUCAUCUUGAGCAAAUGUUAGGUAUCCUGGUUCAGGAAGAAAAUGAACGGGAAUCUGGAGAGACGGGGCCAUGUAUGGAAUAUUUACUUCAUCACAAGAUCCUGGAAACAUUGUACACAUUGGGGAAAGCUGAUUGUCCACCAGGAAUGAAACAGCAAGUUUUGACUUUCUACACUAAACUUCUAGGAAGAAUCAAGCAGCCACUUCUUCCCCACAUUAAUGUACACAGACCAGUGCAGAAAUUAAUCAGGCUCUGUGGGGAAGUCCUUGCUACUCCAACUGAAAAUGAAGAAAUUCAGUUUCUCUGUAUAGUAUGUGCAAAGUUGAAGCAGGAUCCCUACCUCGUCAAUUUUUUUCUUGAGAACAAGUUGAAAACAACAGCUUCCAAAGGAUCACCAAAUGUAAUUUCAGAAGGCUCAUUAAAAGGUCAAGAUUCUUUGACAGCCGAUACAGGACAAACCUUUCAGCCCGAGGAACUCGCUGGUACUAUUGGAAUGGAACAAACAGACCCAGAAGAUGACCUCUCUCAUCAGAUAGAUGAUCUGACCACGGGACUGGAUGAUCUAAAUGUCACUUCCCUUCCUGAAGCCACAGUUAUUCGUCCAAACCAGGACUAUAAUUUAGUGAAUUCUUUGCUAAAUCUUACCAGAAGCCCAGACGGUCGGAUAGCUGUGAAGGCAUGUGAAGGUCUGAUGCUCUUAGUAAGUUUACCAGAGCCAGCGGCAGCCAAGUGCCUUACCCAGAGCACUUGUUUAUGUGAAUUAUUGACCGACAGACUUGCUUCCCUGUACAAGGCCUUACCUCAGUCAGUGGAUCCUUUAGAUAUCGAAUCAGUGGAAGCCAUUAACUGGGGUUUGGAUUCAUACAGUCACAAAGAAGAUGCAUCAGCUUUUCCGGGGAAACGAGCUCUUAUUUCAUUUCUCUCAUGGUUUGAUUACUGUGAUCAGCUCAUUAAAGAAGCGCAAAAGACAGCUGCUGUUGCUAUGGCAAGAUCUGUUCGAGAACGAUUUUUUAUUGAUGUGAUGGAACCACAGUUGAUGCAAACUUCAGAGAUGGGAAUUCUGACAUCAACUGCUCUACUCCAUCGUAUUGUUCGGCAAGUCACAUCUGAUGUUUUGCUUCAAGAAAUGGUUUCAUUUAUUCUUGGCGAGCAGAGGGCACCAGAAACUCUGGCAGACAUCAACCGACAUCCAUUGCGGCAUAGAUUAAUUGAGCACUGUGAUCAUAUAUCUGAUGAGAUUAGCAUAAUGACUUUAAGAAUGUUUGAAUAUCUUUUACAAAAACCCAAUGAGCAUAUUCUCUAUAACUUGGUCCUGAGAAAUUUGGAAGAAAGAAAUUACACAGAAUAUAAACCUUUAUGCCCAGAAGAUAAAGAUGUGGUGGAAAAUGGGUUGAUAGCAGGAGCAGUAGAUCUGGAAGAAGAUCCAUUAUUUACGGAUAUUUCAACGGAUAACACCUUGUCAAACCAAGAGUGGCUUACUGUUUCUCCACCUGCAACUCCAGAACAUCCCAAAAAUGAUGGGAAGACUGAAGUUCAUAAAAUUGUAAAUAGUUUCCUCUGCCUAGUACCUGAUGAAGCAAAAUCAUCCUACCAUGUAGAGGGCACAGGUUAUGACACCUACCUCCGGGAUGCUCACAGGCAGUUUCGGGACUAUUGUGCUAUCUGCUUACAAUGGGAAUGGCCUGGGUCUCCAAAAGCAUUGGAAAAAUGCAAUUUAGAAGCAGCUUUCUUCGAGGGUCAUUUCUUAAAAGUUUUAUUUGACAGAAUGGGAAGAAUUCUUGAUCAGCCAUAUGAUGUAAAUUUACAAGUAACAUCAGUGCUGUCCAGACUGUCUCUGUUCCCUCAUCCACAUAUCCAUGAGUAUCUUUUGGACCCAUAUGUGAAUCUUGCUUCAGGCUGCAGAUCACUUUUCUCUGUUAUUGUCCGGGUGGUUGGAGACCUUAUGGUCAGAAUCCAGCGCAUUCCAGACUUCACCCCCAAACUUCUGCUGGUCAGAAAGCGACUGCUUGGUUUGGAACCUGAAGGUCAUAUCAUUGACCACAUGACAUUAUUGGAGGGUGUGAUUGUGCUUGAGGAGUUCUGUAAAGAACUAGCAGCCAUUGCAUUUGUGAAAUACCAUGCUUCCUCCACGCCGUAAGGAGCCUCUUUUCAGUUGCAGCAGGAAUCAAGCUGCUUCAUGCAUUUCAUCAAAAAAAAAAAAUUUAAAAAAAGACUUUCAAUUCCAUCCAGUCAAGAAACGUCUAAGUUCUUCUAGGAAGUGUUGAAGUAAUGUGGACGGAACUGUUAAGGACCCAGCUGAGCAGAUAUCAUUAUUCACUGUUUCUGCGAUUUGUUGGCAUUGGCUGUAUUGUUAUGGUUCUGUGUGCAAGUGCACAUUGAAUCCAGGGUGCAAUCAAAGGAACUUCAGGAAAACAUUUUUUUUAUGACUGAAAAGCUGCAAAACCUCAGAUAUCAUGACUUCGAUGAUUUCUGGUCAUUUAACAUUGUUUUGGGGAAUAAGGGUUUUUGACAUAGUCUGGGGACUCAGAUGCUAAUAUUAUUGGCUACUGUACAGAGAAGCUAUCACAAAUAUUUUGAUGUCCAAAUUCUUAUCUGAUAUUAAAGGAAAGUGUAAACUAGGAAGAAAAUAUACAGGAAUCAUGAAAAGACAAGCAGAGUUUGCUAUAUAAUUAAAAGUUGGGGGAGGGAUCAUGGAUAUUUGAUAGUCCCAAUAUAACAAAUAUACUGACUUUAAUACUUUUCUUUUAGAGAACAGUUUAAUACAAUGAAGAAAUUCUUGAAUACUAAUCUCAACUACUAUAUUUUUCAAAAUGAUUUUUAAACCUUUAUUGGAUUUAGCUGUGGUAGUGAUUAAUUGCUGUGUAUGGGCCCCAGUUUAUUGAAACUGUGUCACGUUUGCAACUAUGUUAAAUUUAUGCAGGUCACCCAUAGUGUGACCAUAUUUUUUUUAAAGCUAAUUUAACACAAAUUGGGUAAAGGAUAUUUUGUGCCGUGAGAAUUGGCAACCAAAAGUGUUUUGUAAUUUUAUUUUCUUAUUGAAUCCAUGGUAGUGUCCAGACAAAAGAACUGACUGAUACCACUUUAGGCAGCAAUCAGAAAUGCCAAUGUCACCCUUAAUGUUUACAUUUUUUGUUGAAGAGCUAGUUGUAAGGAUUGUAAAGGAAAAAUCCUAGCCUUUUACUGUCCUGUUGGUAUGGUGAGGGAUUUUGGAAAAUCACAUAUAUGCCUAUGUGUGUUUUUAGAAAUUGAUAGAAAAUGGACGCUGAAAGGAUUUCAUGGGCCUGUGGUUUGUCUGAAAGCAGCGCUGGGCGCAUGCUCUAGUUUGUACAGAAAAAUUCUUGCUCCUACUGCCUAGGAGUUCUCAUUUGAACAUAUAAAAGAUUGGGACAAAUGGAAGUCAUUCUUUCCCCUCACACAGUAGUUUUACUAAGCUAUCUUUUUUGUUCAGAUUUUUAAAAGCUAGGCAAUUGCACUUUUUCUUUAUUUCUGUCCCCUUGCAGAUAUUUGGAUAGCAGAAAUUUGCUUUAGAGCGUGAAGGGAAUGGCUCCUUAUGAGAAGUUGUAUUUGCAGAACACACGUUUGCUUGUACCCCCACCCUGCAUUACGUGUAUAUACAAUCGUAGGUAAUAUGCUUACAUGAAUUUUAGUUGGCUGUAAUUUUUAUUCUAUUUGCUUUGAACUUUUUUACCCAAAAAAGAUUUUUCAUUAUUUAUUCAGAAUGGGAUGUUAAAAGUUCAUGAAUAUUCUGGCCUAUAAAAGGCUUCAUACUAUAAGAUAUAUUUGUAAUGUAAAGCAAUACUCUAUUAGAGCGGGUCCAUCAAUUCAUUAAGGAAAACAAUGACAACAUGAACUUGAAGGGUGAUUUUUCUUGAAAAAAAUCUUCUGAAAUGAAAUCUCAUUUCUCAGUCCAUUACUACCGAAUCAGUCAGUUUGUGCAAGGAAAGCUGUAGUUUCUAUAUUUUAAAAUGCAAGAAAGAUUUAGCUCUAUUAAUACAGAUGUGUAUUUUUUUUUGGAGGCUUGGUUAUAUUGAAAAUUUGUGGAGAAUUAAAUGUCUGCUUAAGUUCCAUGAUGUGUUUAGGGCUCAGUAUAUGUAGUUGGCAUGUCUGUUACCUCCCAAACCACAUGUUAGUCAGUCUGCAACUUUCCAACAUGGGCAUUGAUAAUCCAGGGCAAAGACAAGCUUUAUACCUUCUAUUGUAAGUGCUGCUUAAGGAAAAAUAAUGCAUAUAAUGGUAGUCACCCCUGUUCUUUGUAAAAAAAAACUAAAGCUUAGGAUAAAAGUUGCCCACGUUUUGUUUUUCUUCUAAUUUUCACAUGCACUUUUUUUAUUUCAUUUUUAAAAGUCAAUCCGUGGUCUCGUGUUGAGUUAAUUUGUGAAUGGAGGGCACACUAAAGUGCUAGUUUUCUUUGUUUUGUGUGUGAACACUUGAAAAACAAUUACUCAUGAAGUAUUUGAUUAAAAACAUCAGCUAGAUGUUGCCACAAAUAGAUCCCAGACUUGAGUUUGAAUCCUGUUGCACAGCUGUGUAAAGGAGGAUACUUUUUUUUCUUUCCUCUCCACCAAUUUAGUUGUGGAUUCAGACUCUGUUGAAAAUGGUGGUAAUGAACUAGCAUGCUUCCUAGAACAGAAAUUUCCACUGUAGUACUCACAUUGUGACUUUGUAAUGUUUCAUCAUAUAUCUGUCUGUGCAAUACAGGAGCUGUGUGUUAAUAUACAGCUUUUUGGUCUGGUUGUACAUCACUUGUAAGUGUGUGUGUGUAUAUAUAAGUAUAAAAAUGGACCAAAGUCCUUUGCUUGCUUCCACUACUGCUAGUGUUAAAGAUCGUCACACUUCAUUUUACAGGGCACAAAUGAUUGAAUUGCUUCAUAAAUCCAUGGUAAUUUUUUUUUCCCAAAAGGUAUGAAGGAGCUACCAUUUAAUUAUGAAGUGCAUUGAUAUUUGUCUUGAUAAAAUAAAGUUAUGAUGAAAUGCUUAAAAAAAA